AUGAGUCCUCCAAGGAAAGGCAAUGUCUCUGCCAUCUUCGUCCAUGCGGGGGCUGGCUUUCAUAGCGUAAGCAACGAGAAAGCUCACUUGGAAACUUGCGAAAAUGCAGCUAAAGUCGCAAUGUCGGUUCUGAAGAACGGCGGCUCAGCUGUUGAUGCUGUCGAAAUUGCCAUCAUGUUGCUUGAAGACGCAGAGAUCACAAACGCCGGCUAUGGCAGCAACUUGACCAUAGACGGUCUAGUCGAAUGUGAUGCUACGAUUAUCAACCAUCUCGGCCAAAGCGGCGCAGUGGGUGCAGUCAGUAAUGUUAAAAAUCCCAUCUCACUGGCACGGGUCAUAUUCGAGUCCUCAAUGCGACCAUUGUCAUUGCAGAGAGUGCCUCCAAAUUUCCUUGUGGGGCAAGGUGCGACAGACUUUGCGUAUGAACACCGGUUGGUGGUUCUUCCUGACGAUGGCCUGAUAUCUGCUGCGGCGCGUGAGAGAUGGCAUCGCUGGCAACAAGAUUUGGAGUCAUGCGAAUCAGGGGAAAGACAGCAAAAAUCAGCACACCAUCAGAACGGCCAUUUUAAGGCAUGGCUCCGUCGUCCGGUGAAUAUCCACCCUGCACAGUUACUGUCUUGUCCUUUGAGUGCACAACCCCCAUCGUCUGGCCCUCCAAUGUGUGAUAUGACACACGAUGCGAAUCUUCCAGCAGACGACACUCACUUUCAUCCUAGAAGCUUCGGUGUCACUCCCCCAGCAGAUGUUGAUAUGACGUCAUCCCCCUCAUCCAGAGCUAGAGAUGGUGAGUAUGUCGAUGGUAUGAUUCCUCAACCCGAACAGGUUUCUACCAGAAUAGAGUCGAACAUAUUACCGGAUUCCACUACUGCGGCCAAUGCUUCAGGUAUGGAUAAUAAUAAUCCAAUCCCGCAACCGGUUGGCACGAACACGCACUACGAGCAGAAGGACAGCGCCCCAUUCAAUCUAGCCAUGGACCAAAUAAAUGAUACAGUCGGCGCUAUUGCAAUUGAUAGCUAUGGCAACACUGCUGCCGGUUCUUCAUCUGGUGGUAUUGGGAUGAAACAUCGUGGCCGAAUUGGCCCUGCAGCGCUGGUGGGCAUAGGAACUUCCAUAAUUCCCGCGGACCCUAGUGAUCUUGAGAAAACAUGUGUUGCCGUCGUCACAUCCGGAACUGGAGAACACAUUACUACCACCAUGGCUGCCAGUACCUGUGCCUCGCGGAUCUACUACAACCAGAGGAAGUGCGAAGAUGGUACAUUUGAAGAGGUGACCGAAGACGAGGCGAUGAAGACAAUGAUAGAGACCGAGUUCAUGGGUCACCCUGGCGUCAAAAGUAACCAUUGUCAGGGUGCCAUUGGAAUUAUGGCGGUCAAGAAGACGGUUGACGGGGCGUUUCUUUACUUUGGUCAUAACACCGACUCUUUCGCCCUUGCGUCCAUGAGCAGUGAGGAUAAAAGACCGACGUGUGUAAUGUCUCGCAGCAGCGGAGGAGGGAGCGUCGCACAAGGUGGCCGUGCCUACCGUUCUAGAAGAUACAAGGUUGCUGGCUCAUGCGCAUAA